GUGUGGGAGUGAGUAUGAGCAAGAGCGGAAUAUCCCAUACAGCCCGGAGGGGGAGGAGGUUGUGCAGAGGCUGUGUGUGAGUGUGUAUGUAUGUGUGUGAGGCUGACAGAGUGGAGGAGGAGGAAGAGAAGAAGAAGAAAGUUGAGGGGUGGGGAAGGGGAAAAGAAACAAACCAAGAACCAUAGCAGCGUGGGGCGGGCUGUAAUUAGAGCCGCGGGCAGGGCGAGAGGGAGAGCGUGUCAACAUCGCAAGAGUGAGUGCAGGGAGUGGGAUCCUCCUCCUCCUCCUCCCCCCUCUCCCUCUGCCCCACGGUGUUCGAGGCAUUGGCGCGAUCAGAGCCGCCGGGACGGCAGGCGACAAAGUUCUCAGUUGGCUCCACAGCACCCAGUUACAACAGCAGAGAGUGGGAGAGACUCCUAGUGCACCAGGUGCUGCAGUUGGUCAUGGCAACUUCAUUACCAAGGACCCUUGGUGAAUUGCAACUCUAUCGUAUUCUGCAGCGAGCCAAUCUCUUGUCUUAUUACGAUGCUUUCAUUCAGCAAGGCGGAGAUGACGUGCAGCAGCUCUGUGAAGCAGGGGAGGAGGAAUUCUUGGAGAUCAUGGCCUUGGUUGGCAUGGCUAGCAAACCUCUGCAUGUCAGGAGGUUGCAAAAAGCUCUAAGAGACUGGGUGACAAAUCCUUCUGUCUUUAAUCAACCACUGAACUCUCUUCCGGUCAGUAGCAUCCCACUGUACAAAAUAUCUGAGGGCUCAGCUGCCUACCCUGGAUCAAAUGCUAACAGUCAUGAAAGAAACAAUAACCUUCGGGAGCCUCCUGUAAAGUUUCCAAAAUGCUUGGCUGCCUUGUGUGGACAGGGAGUGGGGCCAAAUAAGCCUGGCUUAGCAGGGAGUUCACCACUGCAGAUACCUAAUGAGCCACGGUUCUGGCAAGGACAGUCCACAACUGAGAGUGAACAUAGUCUUUCCCCUGCUGAUCCCUCGUCUCCAUCCUCGCCAAGGGAAAAUGGUGAAACUCUAGAUGCUGCUGCUGUCAUUGCAAUCACAGAAUCUGUUGAACGUUUGAUUCAAGGCAUCCGAAAAACAGACAAGAAUGAAGUGAAAGAGUUUUUAAGAACCAAUAAGAAGUUAGCAAAAAUGAUCAGUCACAUCUUUGACAUGAACGAUGGUGACCCUCACAGAGAAGAAGAAAUACGAAAAUAUAGUGCGAUAUAUGGACGGUUUGAUUCCAAAAGGAAAGAUGGAAAGCAUCUUACACUUCAUGAGCUAACUGUUAAUGAAGCAGCCGCUCAACUUUGUACGAAGGAUAUUGCUUUGCUCACUCGGAGAGAUGAACUAUUUACGUUAGCUCGACAGGUCUCCCGAGAAGUAACCUACAAAUAUACUUACAAAACUUCCAGGUCUAGAUGUGCAGAACAAGAGGAAUCGUCUCCCAAGCGUAUAAAGACCGAGGAUGCUUCUAUUCACAUUCAAGAAUCGCUACAGAUUUUACAACAGAGACAAGAGGGAUUAAAGGAGCAAAUGGCUCUUGCCAAGAUGAAAGGUGAUGAUGCCAUGGUUCGUCAUAUUCAGGUCCAGCUUGAAGCCAUAGCGGCUAAAUACAUAAUGCUUGUGCGUGAACAAACAGGCCAAGACAUGUUUCAAACAGAUGAGAGACAUCUGUCUGCCGCAGCUUGUCGGCAAUAUUCCGAAGAGCAGAAUUCCAGAAGCCCUUCAGCAGAGAAUGUGGAUGGACCAGCUGACAAACCACUGAAUCUCAGGAUCUCUAAUCAGCAAAGCAGGCAAAUAAUGCAGCAAAUGGUAUCUGGAGAAGAUCUACACCUGGCUAAGCAGGUGUCCAAUGAAUUAAGCAGGCUAUAUUCUAGUAAUCCAAGAGAGCCACACUCCUCAGAAAACAUAGGCACAUUGAAGGAGUUCUGUCAGACGAUUCUAAAUCAUACAGAGAAGAAGAAUGAAACAUUGAAACCUAUAAAAAUAGAGCCUGAAGAUAUUAGAUAGCCUUUUCCCAAAUCUGCCUUUCUCAAAAUGGCAUCAGCAAGUACCGUAACCAAAGCCUUAAAGACCAGUGUUGCCUCGUAUCUGUUCCAUUAUUGUGGUUUUUUUUGUUUUGUCACAGUUGCUGUGGACAAUGGUUUGUUAGUUCAGUAGAAAACUGAAUAAUUUCUGAACUGUUACUUCAUUGUUGGCUGUGUUCAUUGAGUACUACAGCUUGUUUGAGUAGUGAAUCAACUCCUGAAAACUAACCUAUUUAACAUUUUUAGAAAAAUCACUAAGAAAAGCAAACUCUAGUGAAAAUGGAUCACAGUGUUGAAACUAGGUAAUAAACAAUACAUCACCUUUUUAAACUACACUGGCUUAAGAGAUAGAUGAUGCAUUGCUUUUGUCUAGAAUCUAGUCUAGUUUAGCUUAAUGAAACCUUCCUGCUCAUUGUAUUUUUUUACUUUGAUCCAAAGUGAUGUGAUGUAUGCAUGUAAUGUCAAUGCUUAUACAAAGUACUGUAAUUAUAUAUAUUUGACAUGUUCAUUUAUCAUCAAUAAGGCAUGUGGGAUAGAAUUCAAUCAAGCACAAGUUUUGCUGAAUUAGUGUAGUUGAGGUGAACCAAAAUAGGCCACAGCGUAAGCACAACUGUUCAACCUUGCAAUGUAUCGAGAGAGGAAGAAACUGAUGUUUGAAAGCAGGUCUGAAUGUUACUGUGCAUUUCAUGCACACCUGUUGAAAGUUAUUUCCAUGUAUUAGAAGCAGUGCAAAUGUUUGACUAAAAUACAACAAAUGUUAGCAGGCUCCAUUUUUAUUUAAUUAGUUUGCAGGCCAGACAUAAGAAAAUUUUUACAUCCCUGAAUAGAGGAAAAGGGCAGAUUGUGAGAGGAUAUUAAACAUGCCAUUUUUCUAUUGAGGAGAACAUUUUUUAGCAUAUGUUCCUAUACAUUAUCCAUCAAUCUUUUAUAAUUUUUUUUUACUUUUGUUACUGUGUGAUUUAUACUAUUAAUCGUUUUUUAAAAACUUGCCACACCUUGGUUUUUAUUUGAAACUCCAGCCAUCUGCAGAUCUGAUGAGAACUGGCCAGGGAGAGUUAAUGGUAAACAAAAACUUUAGUCAAGAGCACUAUGUUUGCAACUUUCUUAUUGAAAUUAGCAGAAAUAAUGCUCUGAUUUGGACUGCAUUAAAGAUUUGUGGAACAUGUUUUUUUUAAAAACCUUUCUUUCUACUUUUAGUUCAAUGUUAAACAUCAUGUUGCAUUUUGGUUGUGGAAAAUUUAGAAAGCACAGAUAUUUUAAUCUGUGCAGGCAGUCAAAGUGCCAUAUUAUUUUUGCUACAGACUAAUCAAUAAUCAAUAUAAAAGUAGCAUUGAGGAGAAGACACACCAGGGAGGGGAAAAAAAUGCAAUAAUGACACACAAUGCUGAUUUAAUGCAUUUGAUUCGAACAGCUGAUAGUACAUUUGUGUUCAUAACAUGUAAUAAACAACCUGGUAGCUGAUUAUUACAUUUUAGCCAAACUUGAGUAUCAUUUUGUAUUAUCCAUAGUUAACUGGAGAAUAGCUGUAGAGUUAUAGUGGCAGAUUAGCUAAAAGGGGAUUGAAAGCAAUUCCCUGUGGUACAAUUCAAUUAAUUUAAAAACUGUUGUACAUUGUUGCCAUGAAAUGUUCUUGUGAAUUUCGACCUGUAAUGUACUGAUGUUACUAUAAUGUCUUGAUUGUUAGCCAGUAGUAUGUUAGAACAUAAUUUUAAACUGUCUCCCUCAUAACCCUUUAGCAACUGUAAAGUGAUGAUCAACAGUACACAUACUCUAAUAUAAUCAGUAAUAUGUUGUGCUAAUUUUAUUGUUUCCUUUUGGAAUUCAAUUUAAUGAACAUUACAAGGGUCCAAGGAUAUCUGGGAGAAUAGCUAGUGUUCUAAUGGUCUGUACUGUACUGAAAUUGUUACUUAAUUGACAAAUGGGCCAGUGUUAAUUAUUCUGAGUGGUCUGAAAAUACAGCAUAAGAUGUUUUGGAUAAACACUAAUGUAUUUAAUUUGUAAUAUAAACAUUAAAAUAUAUUUUUGGAGUUCUG